GGUCGGACGGGCGCCGGUCGGGAGCGCAGCCGGCAGUCUCUGCAGCCGCCGCGCCGCAUGUGACUGUGAGUUCUCCGUGACGCUCAACACCGCAGGCGUGACGUGACGCACGUGACGGUGGGGCGCCACAGCAUGAGCGUGCCGUGGGACGCGCCGGCUUGAUGCGAUACAGCACCAGGGCCCGACGCGCCGGAGAUCAGACGGGCUCGGGCGGCGCCAGACCGCUGCAGCAGGUCACCAUCCCCAUGGCCGCUUGCGCCGCUCGCCGCCUCAUCGCAGUUUGGCUUCGGGCAGCCACAGGUCGAGGGAUGUGUCGAAAUGGCUCAGCGAAAACACUGGUGGUCGUCCUCGCCCUGGUGAACGCAUGGCUUAUCGUUACCCUUUAUCAUGGGAUGAAGCACGGUGUGCCGGUGCCGCAAGAAGAGGACUUGUGCGACGGUCAAGAGCGGCUGCAGCAGAAGGUCGUCAACUGCACGCCCGAUGGGACUGCCUCACGGCCCGCACUACAAGAUGAGAACGAGACCAGUGACGUGGAGAAGAUGGAUGACCUGAUACGAUCACGAUUGGUGAAGACAACCAGCUGGCGCGUGUUCACCAAGGACAGCGUCUGGGACACGGUUAACAAAUCGCCGCAGCUCGGCCGGAGGGGCGCGCUGAACGUCGAGCUGCUGGCGGCCGUGCGCACCGGCGCUCAACACCUCAACCAGGCCAGUGGCGGCGCCAGCUACACGGCCCAGCACUUCCUCGACGGCCGGUACAAGCAGGUGCUGGGCGCCGGCGAAGUGUACGUGCUGCAUUUCGCCAGCGAGGCGCGGCCGGGCCGCGUGGAAACGGUGCGACUGGUGCGCCGUGCCGGUCCGCUGCUCGUCGAUGCGCGGCCCGGCUACGACCACGACCAGCUGGUGUACGUGGUCGUGCCUUACUACCGGCGGCCGGACGCGUUCGCCGAGUUCGCCGCCAUGUUCGAGCAGCUCGUGGUGGCGCGCCACGAGAACCUGCGGCUGGUCGUCAUGUUCUACUGGCGCGGCCAGCCGGCGGCACCACGUGAGCAGCUGGCUCGCGAGCGGCGCCGCGUGGCCGACACGCUGCACCGACUGAACAAGCGCGCCCGCCGUCCGGUGGCGCGUCUGGUAGACCAGGAGGCCGAGUUCUCGCGCGGCCACGCCCUGCUGGAAGGCGCACGCUCCUGGCAGGGUGACGACGACGUGCUGCUCUUCUUCUGCGACGUCGACAUGUUCUUCGACACGCAGGCACUGCACCGGUGCCGCGCCAACACCGCCCCUGGCCGGCGCGUCUACUACCCGGUGGUGUUCAGCACAUUCAGUCCGGAGCUCUACUUCCGCGCCUGGCGCAAGAAGCCAGCCUCGCUCUGGCAGAUGCACCCAAUAAGUGGCGACGUGGGCUUUUGGCGCGACUUCGGCUUCGGCAUGACGUGUCAGUACAAGUCGGACUUUGACCGUGUGGCUGGCGAGUUCUUGGUGUCGCGAAGCUGGGGUGGCGAGGACAGUAAGCUGUACAGGAAAUACCAACAAUCCACGCUGGAGAUUGUUCGCGCGCCCGACCCAGGUCUCGUGCAUAUCUACCACCGCAAGCAGUGCGACCGCCGUCUGCUGGGCAAGAAGUACCACUCGUGCAUGAGCUCCCUGAGGCACAGUGAGGCGUCGAUGAAGACCUGGGCCCGCUUCGUGCAGCAGCUGAAGGCGGUGGCGGACGAUUCGACGGCCGUGCACGACAUGCUGGCGCUGGCGCUGCCGUCGGACGGCGACAAGGGCGAUGACGAAAUGUACACGGACGCGACCACGAUCGAGGCGAGCGUCAUCUCGCCGCCGACGCAUCGGUAACGUCCGGCCGAGGCGGCUGAGAGUGCAGCCGCACUGCAGGACUGGUGCCGCGAACUGCGGUCACGGCCACAGAAAUGCCGGCCAUUAAAUUAAAAGAUAAAUGUUAUCAUCGUUAUAUAUAUACAUAUAUACAUAUAUAACAACUACGGGAACCUAUCUUAUUAGGCGCAGCUAUAUAAAGUUAGGCGUUCUACGCAUGCACAUACCUAGAGCUCAUACAUUUUCUGCAGAUCGUGUUAUAUCCUGCGAGUGUUUCGGAAAACAGGCAAAAUAAAUAAAGUUGGCUGCUAUAUACCAUCAAAACCGAGCAUGAACUUGAUGCCUAGCUUAUUUACGGCUAGUCGGCUGGGCGAUGUAAU